UACACACGCUAGAUUCUACACGGACUGUUUUUGUUGACGGACGGGUCCAUGUUUCUCCCACUACCUUGAACUUAGAGCAGUCUCCUUAAAAUUAUAUAACAUAAAGUUGUUUUAUAAUGUCGCAUUUUUCACAUCUAACUCGUACUGUCCACGCGUCUUCUUUACAACGGUUGUCGCAUGCAUCUCUCACGAGAACACCUGCACUUUUGUAUUCGACGUUGAUCGCUUCCAGCAACAUCAGAAGUUGCGAGAGACGGUGUUUGUACAGAGAAAGGACCAGACUAUAUUCGUCCUCGGCGGAGAAAACCAUUCGGAUAGGAUGCGCGUCUGGGUUUUGGGGGGACACUGCAACCUCCGUGCCACAGCUGAUCUAUGGAGGGAAGCUGGACUUCCUGGUGUUUGACUACCUCAGUGAGAUCACCAUGUCUCUGCUCACUGCCGCCAAGACCAAGAUGCCUAACAUGGGCUAUGCUCCAGACUUCGUCCAAGUAGCCAUCGCUCCCUUCAUCAACGACAUCCAUAAGAAAGGUAUCCGUGUGGUCAGUAACGCUGGGGGGGUCAACCCUCUGGCCUGUGCCGCAGCCAUCCAGGAAGUGGUUAACAAGGCCGGCCUACCGCUCAAGGUUGCCGUGGUGACCGGAGAUGACCUCAUGCCUCAUAAAGCUUCUCUCUCAGAGUUGAGGAUGGCUGAUGGAGUGAGCAAAAAGAGGCUUCCUAAAACCGUCCAUAGUAUGAAUGCUUAUCUGGGUGCAGUCCCCAUCCAGAGGUGUCUGGACCAGGGUGCUGACAUCGUGGUGACAGGGAGGUGUGUGGACAGCGCUGUAGCACUGGGACCGCUCAUGCACACGUUUGGGUGGGAGAGAGACGACUAUGAUCUGCUGGCAGGAGGAAGUCUGGCAGGUCACCUGAUAGAGUGUGGUGCCCAGGCUACAGGAGGCAUCUUUACAGACUGGCACCGUGUUCCUGACUGGUGAGAUCACUAGACCAGCUCUCUCUUCAUUCAUUCCUUUAUCAC